AACACGAAGGAUGUGUGCGUAUAUUCAUCCGAUAGCAGAAAGAACAGAAAAAAGUGUCGAUCGCUGAAUUUCGGGGUGCAAGCUUUAAAAGAAAUCCAAAAUUCGUUUUCGUUCGCAGUGAAAACUGUAAAUCAAUACAUUGGGCAACUGGUUCUGCAUUGCAACAGCGGUAAUGUGCAUCCUGCUGACCAGUGGUGAAAGGUUUACCUAAAAAACUUUUGCUUGCCAAUGGAACAACACUGCUAGCAGGAGUGCACGGAAAAGGUGCAAAGGAGAGAAAAAGAGCCUCGUUUCAGUUUGACUUGAAUCGGGCCUUCGCCACCAAUACACAUCCAGUGGCUUAGUUUUUCUUUCUUUUUGUCAAAAAAAAAUCAGAAAAACCAAAUAUUGGCCAUCGGCACAGCACUUGUUUGUUGUUAUUUAUCCAGUAGGGACGGGACGAGACGAGACGCUAGAGUUCAGAAGGCUGCGGAAUUUUUAUGGACACUAUGUCUGGCCAAAGUUCGAUCGGCAAUCGGAUCAACAUGAUCGAGGCACAACUGCAACAGCCCCAGACCCAACCGAGGACACCUCCGACCCUUAAUUUUGAACGGACCCAACGAGGUGGCAGUGGCGGAAUCGGUUCCAGCCGUAGCCGGCCAAUUUUAGAUCUGCCGCUACCGAUUCAGUCGGGCAACCGAAGAAGUGAUUCGGAGUUGCGCUUCCACAAAAUUAUGGAAAAGAGUGGUAUGUUGAAGAUCAACGAUCAAACGUACAAGACGACACUGUCCGACAUGCAAGAUCUAGGUGAGCUGGGUAGUGGCACCAGUGGUCAUGUAGUCAAGAUGCGACAUAAGCCUAGCGGUGCGAUCAUCGCUGUGAAACAAAUGCGACGCACUGGCAACGAUGAGGAGAACAAACGAAUCAUCAUGGAUCUGGACGUGGUUCUCAAAUCGGAAAAAUGCAAAUAUAUUGUCAAGUGUCUUGGUUGUUUUAUAACCGAUGCGGAUGUCUGGAUCUGUAUGGAGCUGAUGACUACCUGUUUCGAUAAACUCCAGAAGAAAUCGAAAAAACCAGUGCCUGAACAGAUCCUGGCAAAGGUAACGGUGGCCACGGUAAAUGCACUGGCUUAUCUGAAAGAGAAACAUCACGUAAUUCACCGUGAUGUGAAACCCUCGAAUAUAUUGAUUGACGACCGGGGAAACAUAAAAUUGUGUGAUUUCGGUAUCAGCGGACGAUUGGUCGAUUCGAAUGCUAAAACUAGAUCGGCAGGGUGCGCUGCUUACAUGGCGCCCGAACGAAUAGACCCUGCCAAGUCCGUGUAUGACAUUCGAGCGGACGUUUGGUCGCUGGGAAUUACACUCGUUGAGCUGGCGACAGCCGUAUUUCCCUACCGUGGUUGUAAAACCGAUUUCGAAGUUCUCACCAAAGUGCUUACAUCAAAUCCUCCCCGCCUACCCGAGGAUCAACCGUUCAGUCCGGAAUUUCGUGACUUUGUCCAACGUUGCCUACAGAAGGAUUACCUUGCACGGCCAAAAUAUCCCGAUCUGCUGAAGCAUCCGUUUCUUCAGCGUGCCGAACUGGACUGCACCACAGACGUUGCCGGCUGGUUCCGAAAUGAGGCGGUGACUAGUGGCAUUCAGCUGAGCACACCACAACUAAUCAGCUCCAGUAGCGUUCCCGUUGCUACCGGAGCAGUCGUCGGGCUUGCCUCCGUCAGUUCACCGUCUCCCGCUAACUGUCAGCGUCCGUCAUCUGCUGCUUCGGAUCAAAAUAGAGUCCCGACACCAUACGAAAGUCUGACGGAAGCGGUCCAGGCACAGUCGAACCAGCAAAAGCAAACCGUAAUAGCAUCGUCAAUUCCGAUCAAGUCAAGCAACACGCCAAAUAACAUCAGCACCAGUCUCGAACAACAGAAUAAACCCUUCGUCGAUUCCCAGCAAUUAUUGCAGGUGAAACUCAACAGUAUCAGCUUGGCACCGGAUCCAUCUACCUCGUCUUCCAAACUAGCCUACGAAAUACGAUCACCCUCACCUGCACUUCAAAUCCAACAUCAGCAGCAGCAACAAAUGCAAACACCUCAGGCUCACUAUCUUAAACUGCAACCAAAAAGUGCGAUAGUUAGUAACAGUAGCAACUUUAACACCACUAGUAGCAGCAUCACUCCGGAGACGAAUCGAAAGUACAAACAGUCGCCGUUUUUUUCUCGUCGGGCCGACGCCGACAUCGUUCCGUUGGGCUACGGUAGCCCCAAGAAGGAAUCGACGUUGAGCAGUCUUGGGCAGAGCAUAUUCAAGAACCUUACAACGUCACCGUUUUCCCAUCGCAAGUCGGAACAGAAAGCGUAUAAACCGCCUCUCCCCGGCGAAGAUGGCGGCGGUGGCUGUUCGUUGCUGAACGGAAACCGACCCGGCUUCAGCAAUCCGUCAUCUCCGCUUUUGCUCAAUCGGAAAAUGAUCGACCUGAACGAAGAUCAGCAGUAUAAGCACCUGCAAGGAAACACUAGUCCCAUAGUUCUUCAAAGAUUCUACCACCAGCAGAAUCAACUGAGAGAAACCAAACAGCAACAGUUGGAGCUACAAUCAACGAAUCCAUUCUACCAGCAAUCGCCUCAACCAAGCGGAAUACCGGUCAAGUACAGUCCGUUACCAUCGCAUCGAACGGUGCAUCAACCGACAAAUCCCGUCGGUGGAUACGUCGGUUAUCCGCAAAUGGUGCCCCCGGAAGCAAGCAAUAUACCGACUUACCAGUACCAGCCCCUCAAUCCAAGCAGUCCAAAGCAUAAAACGGGUGGUUUCUUCAACACGUUUAGUCGUAGCAAAAGCCAAAACAACGGUAAAAGCAGCACUAGUCAACGGGGAGAACGCGGCAGCAGUGCCGGUAGCGAUAGUUACUAUCCCGAGGGAGGGUUCUAUCAGAACCAACAACAAUUUUACGGACGGCAAACUUUACCAGAAUAUGGCAAUGCAGGAUUCGGUUUGCAGAGUGGCAUGAGCAAUGGUGAUAACAUGAAAGAUGGUGCAGGGUGGUUCAAUUCCUUUACAGAUUUGGCCAAACGACAGUUCGCUUCAUUUGUGAAAUUAAAUCUGGCAACUUCGGGUAACGAAAAACGGCCGAAGGACAAACAUCUCCAGCAUCACCUACUGCAGCAUCAACAGCAGCAAUUUCAGCACUCCUACGGUAAUGGUGCCACCGUCGCUCCGAUGAAUAACUUCAACACGAGUUCGACCAAUCCAUUUGUGCCCACUGCAAGUAUUCCUUCUGCCAUACCUCCGUCGUCUGCUGUGCACAUGCUCAGCAGUGAUCGGCGACACCGUAGUCCGGAUCCACCACCGCGAUAUAAUCGUGGCCAAUCUCCAUUGCUUCUUCAUAGAAAAUUGGAAAAGAUGGGACAAACGGGAUCGCCUAUUCUCAAUCAACGUUACACCUCUGCCUCCCCAUCACCUCCGCUGCCGCCGCGAAGAGGAUCUGAAAGUGUGCCGGGCUCACCACAGCACAUCCGAACCCGAAUUCAUUACACCCCGGAACCACACAGGCGACCCUACCGGACGAUAGAUCAAUGAGUGGGACUGCAGAUUCUGGUCAUGUGAUCGAUGUACCGAUUUCUGGAUUAAACUUUUUUCUCUGGUCGACGCAAAAAAAAAUAUUACCGCAACCGUUUUUUGAAAGAUCUUUCAACAUCUCUGACUGGUUAUAAUGUUCAGAUCACGCCGGACGCCCGUGCCGACGUGAUUUUUUGCUUGUUGUAAGCUUACUGUGUAACAUGAACGGCAGUGUAUACAUGCUCGAAUAUCUUGUAAUCAACGUUGCUUCAGUGUGCACUAUUAUUUACAGCCGGUGCCGGUACUGCUUUUAUGAUCACGAAUUUUUCUGCACGACUCAGUGCAAGCGAACACGAAAAUUAAAAAUAUAUACGAUAUAAAAAUACGAAUUUCGCAUAGUUCCUGUUAAGAACGACAUACUUGUUUAUUUAGAUACUUUAAUAGUUCGAUGCUUAUUUCGCGAUCUUCAGAAAAAAAACGACGAACGUUACUUUUCUUCAAUUACUGAUCUACGGGACAGACUCAAUUCAAAGUUUGCAAAAACAAUCACAUCUGGUAAUUUGAACUGCAAUUAUUUUUUGUUGCUACUAUUGAAACAUCGCUUCAACUGAUGUUGGAUUACUAGCUUUACUACUUAAUAUUCACAAAUUUUGAUUUGACUGUGCUUAGUCUCAAGAAGUUGGUUUCGUCUAAAUUGAAAUAGACGUAUAACAGAAUGCUCGGUUUUGGCUUGAAAUGUGCGUUCCUAGAAAAUGCAUCACACUUUCCCAAAAUUCUCCGCAAUUCAUAGACUGGAAAUUCCCGUAUUACUCAAAAGAACCAACAAACAAGACUUAGGAAAUCUAUCGCAUACGCAAGCUGCAAAAUAAACAUAGAUACGACACCUUUGCUUAGGCUACCGAGCCUCUGACCUCUCGCUGAGACGUGAGCCGGUGGAUUAGAAUCACUAUAAACAAAAGAAAAAACCGCAAACCCCGAAUAGGCCACGCAAAAGAACGGAAUCAUCAUAGCGAGAAAACAACUAUUUAAUUGCGAAGCAAGCUAUUUUAUUGCGAUAUUAUUAUUAUUAUCCGUCAGACACAAGAAAAGUUUGUACAUAAUUAAUCUUAUUACUUGUAAUGAGUUCUUUGAACGGCAAACAGACACAAAAAAACGACAAAAAGCAUAGGUUAACAAUAGAAGAAAAUAUAUUGUAUAUUCGAAUGAAUUGAAAGUUAGCGGAAGGAAGAGUGAUGAAAGAAAGCAAAAAAACAUUUAGUCAUUUAUUAUAUUAUAAAUAUAUAUAUAUAUAAAAAAAAUUAAAAAGUGAGAAGCAAAAAUACCUAUUUAUAAACAAAUCAGAUGGAGAAACAAUAAAACUGAGCGCUACAUAAAUUAUAA